UGUGUGUGUGUGUGUGUGCGUGUGGUAAGGAAACUUAGCAAUAAGAAGAGCAGACAAGAAUUAUUUUUCUUCAGCGAGAAUAUUAAUAAAAUAGAUUUUAAUUAAUUGCGGAUAUAAUUGUAUAAUAAGUUGAAUUAAUAAAUAUUUAAUAAUUUCAACGAAAAUCAGUUUAUUUUGAAAUCAAAGAAAAUUGGUUGCGUUUGCAGCAAAAGUUUAGACCGACGACGGACGACGUAAAAAGAUGGCGACUAGCCGUACAAGUCGCAUUCAACAAUCGAAAAAUAUUAGUUCAAUUUUUUCUAAACUUCACGGAGCAUUUUCGGAAGCAUGCGGUCCACAGAGGUUAUCAACCGACAAAAAGACUUUAGAGAAGACAUGGAAAUUAAUGGAUAAAGUUGUGAAAUUAUGCCAGCAACCGAAAAUGAAUUUAAAAAAUAGUCCACCCUUCAUUCUUGACAUUCUGCCGGAUACGUAUCAAAGGCUUCGUCUCAUUUAUUCCAAGAAUGAAGACCAAAUGCAUGUUCUACAUGCAAAUGAACAUUUCAAUGUGUUUAUUAAUAAUUUAAUGAGAAAGUGCAAGCAAGCGAUUAAAUUAUUUAAAGAGGGAAAGGAGAAAAUGUUUGAUGAAAAUUCGUACUAUCGUCGAAAUCUAACUAAAUUAAGUUUGGUAUUUUCACAUAUGUUAAGCGAAUUGAAAGCGAUAUUUCCGCACGGAGUAUUUGCUGGCGAUCAAUUUCGAAUUACCAAAGCCGAUGCAGCUGAUUUUUGGAAGUCAAAUUUUGGCAAUAGCACUCUGGUGCCUUGGAAGAUAUUUCGUCAGGAAUUGAACAAAGUUCAUCCUAUAUCAUCGGGCCUCGAAGCUAUGGCCCUAAAGACUACCAUUGAUUUGACUUGUAACGAUUACAUUUCAAAUUUUGAAUUUGACGUGUUUACGCGUCUAUUUCAGCCUUGGGCGACGCUUUUAAGAAAUUGGCAAAUAUUAGCCGUCACUCAUCCCGGUUAUGUGGCGUUUUUAACGUACGAUGAAGUCAAGGCUAGGUUACAACGUUACAUACACAAGGCCGGAAGCUACGUUUUUAGAUUGUCGUGUACACGUUUGGGACAAUGGGCCAUUGGUUAUGUUACAGCAGACGGUGAAAUUUUACAAACCAUACCACAAAAUAAGUCGCUAUGUCAAGCUUUGCUAGACGGUCAUAGAGAGGGCUUUUACUUGUAUCCCGACGGUCAAGCCUACAAUCCCGAUUUAUCUUCUGCUGUACAAAGUCCUACUGAGGAUCAUAUAACCGUAACACAAGAGCAAUACGAGUUAUACUGUGAAAUGGGAAGUACUUUUCAACUUUGUAAAAUAUGUGCCGAAAAUGAUAAGGAUAUACGUAUUGAACCGUGCGGCCAUCUCUUAUGUACACCCUGUCUUACCUCAUGGCAAGUGGAUUCCGAGGGCCAGGGUUGUCCGUUUUGUCGGGCAGAAAUCAAGGGAACAGAACAAAUUGUAGUGGAUGCGUUCGAUCCACGUAAGCAACACAACCGGAUUACAACAAAUGGCCGUCCUCAGAAUAACGAUGACGACGAUACUGAGGAUGUUGGAGAGUUUAAUAUAGCCACUUCGUCAUUGCAUGCACUCAGCAACAACAUGACCUCAUCGACGCAUUCCUCGGACAAGCAUAGUCCUCAUACAUCACCAAGAUUUGCUAGGCGCAGUACUACGCCCAGUUUAAUGGCAGUACAAAAUGAUCUCUACGCUGGCCACGUGCCCACAUUGUCCUUGGCCAAUAAUACAGCUAAUUAUAUAGCGGCAUCCAGUGUAAUGAGUGGUACUGGUGCUGGCGGUGGUGGUGGCGGCGGCGGUGGAAGCAGCGGUGGCGGUAUUGUCGUUUUAAAUCAAAUGCCUUCGGCCCCACCUUUAAACACGGUCAACAGUAAUGGAAUGGCGGCGUGUGGGGCAAAUAAUUUACAAAGCACAGCCUCUCAAAAAUCUACAAAUCGUAUGAGCGCUCCUUUAAUGGGUUCGAAUGCCUUAAUUUUAGGUUAUGGCCAGAAAAUAUCCUCUAAAUCGGAAACUAAUGAUAAUUCAAAUUCUUCUUAUGCUAUUCUACAAAACCUUCAAGAAUCGCAGACCCUUGUUACUACAAUAAAAGAUGGGCAGAAAAAGGAAGCGAAUGGUGGUGUAGGAGCACCUCCGUUACCGCCUAGGAAAUCGUCGCCCAGUGCUGAGAAUACGACCUCUAGCAUGGCCACGGUGACAACAGUCAUCAAUAGCUCAAAUGGAUUAAUUAAUGGAGCCGUACAAAAGAGCAGCGUACCGCAGACUAGCAAAAGUGUCGAUAAUAUUGCUGUAACGUUAAGCGAAGCGUCAAAUGUAUUACCGAAAGUCGCUGCACCUCCCGUGCCGCCUCAUAAUAGCAACGAUACUGCGCAUAUGGACAAUUUGGUAGAGGAGUUGCGUAUGCAACGCAUAAGCAAUCAAAUUUCGGUAUCGACCACUUUAAUAUCGACCAAUUGCACUAGUGUCGGUAGUAGUAGCAGUAAUAACUCAGGUGGUAGUGUUACGCGUUCCCUACUGGAUGACGAUAUAGUUGGUCCAGCCGAAACUAUUAUUGGUGUCAUAGACACAAGACCCUUAGAGGCUAGAACAUCUACCUUAGCGCACUAUACGCAAUUGUGUAAUGCAACCACUACCACCAAUACUAAUAAUGCUUUAUCAUCUUCCUCUUUCACUUCAAUAUUACGCAACGAGCUUAAAACGAGCACCGAUAAUAAUGCAACAACAACUGCGAUGGCUACAAUGCAAAAACCUCAACAACAGCCCUUACUUUAUGAAAAUGUGACGAUCAAUCAAAAAGACUGCACAACAGUCCCCUACGAAAAUAUUAAUCUCGAGUAUAUAGCGCGUUUAAUGAGCGAAGGUUAUUCGAAAGAGAACGCCAUCACUGCUCUAGGCAUAUCACGCAACAACAUUGAGAUGGCUUGUGAUAUUCUGCGUGAGUUCGUAUCGAAGAAUAGCGUCUAAAUGUAAAAUGAUUCUAUUCGAAAGUGAUCUCGGCGAUCGUUUCUUUAGUUAAUAGAACGAAGCAAACGAAGAAAAACCACAAAAAAUUCCCCCCACCCCACGCCUCUACUCCAUCAAUCCCAUAAAAAACAGUUUUUAAUUCUAAAAAUAAAAAUCUCUCUUGAAAAUUAUGAAAAAAAACAAAACUGAUUUAAUUGU